AUGGAAGACAGUCAUUUCCGGCACAGCGCCUCGCACCACCCUUCCCCUUUCCAGUCCAGCCUUCAUCGUGACCACUCCCUCACCGAGGGCACGACCACCGCCCUAGAGGAAGCAACCGUCCAACACCGCUCCAGCCCCUACGAUGUCGACGAGGAGGGCCAACCGCCCCGGUACACCGAAGAAAAUGAUCCCUACCAGCUAGCAUUGAAGCUCAAAACAGAGGAGGAAAUCCAAGCCCUGCACCCGCAAGCCAACACCUCCCGCAAGCGCCAUGGCCACGCCUCCGCAACCCCACAGCCAAUGCGCUCAACCUCGGCGCUAUCCACGGUCCCUACCCUUAAGAGCCUCAAAACGUCGAUGGCGAGAAAGGAACUCCAGGGGUUCUACCAGACACAGAAUGAGAACAUCGAGCGCAUGCUCAAGCCCGUGGAGGAGCACGUCCGGGACGCAAGGGAGCUGAACACGAACAACCAGCUGAAAUACAAGAUCGCAAUCUACGGCAGUUUCGCUGCGAACGUAGCGCUCUCCAUCCUCCAGCUCUACGGCGCCAUCGCAUCCUCGUCGCUCUCGCUCUUCACAACAAUGGCCGACUCCGUCUUCGACCCGCUCUCAAACCUAACGCUCCUCCUCUGCAACAAAACCGUCAACCGCGUCGACCCCCGCAAGUUCCCCGCCGGCAAAGCGCGCAUCGAAACAGCCGGCAACAUCUGCUUCUGCUUCCUCAUGACCGCCGUCUCCCUGCUCCUAAUCGCCUUCUCCAUCCGCGACCUGGUCAGCGGCUCCGACAGCGAAACCGGCGACUUCCACAUCCCCUCCGUCAUCGCCGUCGUGGUCGCCUUCUGCACCAAAUUCGCCCUCUUCCUCUACUGCUUCGCGCUGCGCAACCAGGUCUCGCAGAUCCGCAUCCUCUGGGAAGACCACCGCAACGACCUCCUCAUCAACGGCUUUGGUAUCCUCACCUCCGUCGGCGGCAGCAAGCUGCGCUGGUGGAUUGACCCCAUGGGCGCGAUUAUUCUCUCUGUCCUAAUCAGCUGCCUGUGGCUGCACACCGCAUACCACGAGUUCCAGCUCCUCAUUGGCGUUACCGCAGACACCAAGAUGCAGCAGCUGAUCACGUACAUCUCGAUGACGCACUCGCCGCUCAUCACGGCGAUUGAUACCGUCCGCGCGUACACCUCUGGUCCGAGAUUGGUGGUUGAGGUCGAUAUUGUCAUGGACCCGAUGGAUUCGCUGCGCGCUACGCAUGAUGUUGCGGAGGAGUUGCAGACGAAGCUUGAGUCCCUGCCGGAUGUGGAGAGGGCGUAUGUCCAUGUUGACUAUGAGACGACGCAUAAGCCGGAGCAUUUUCUCAAAAAGGAGCUCUAG